AUGUCGUCUUCAGUGUCAGCCGUUCUUUUUCUCACUCUGCUGAUUCUCGAUAUGGCCGGUGCGUGUCACAGCUGUAAGUUCGCAAUUUGCCACUGUGUUCCGACCCUUUCGCACUCUUCUCACUCUCAAAACGUUUCUCGGUUCAAGGCAUUUGUGAACUUCGGUUGUCAUUCAAUUACUAACAAAUCGGUGAACAAGUAAAAGAACGAAAGCAUUCCCUUUGUAGUCCUUCCAUAUGCUCAGUUCGUCGGAGCUCGCGCCUACCUGUUGCAGCAGAAAAUGGAAUGCAAAGGCGGAAAAGUCUACGACAUUGAUAAUGUGCAGGUGUGAAACGAUAUUGUUUCCGUUUUCCGUACGAAAUGACUUGGCAGGACAUUGAACAAUGCAAAGAAGCGUGCCGUCAGUUCGACUGCGAUGCCGUCAACCUCUUCCAGUUGGGAGAGUUCGCCUUCAAGUGCGAGAUUCUGAGCUACGUGACCAACCUGCAACCGGCCAACGGAGCCGCCUGUUACUACGCUUCAGAUGCCCUUCAAGGAGGAUACAACGGCGGAUUCGGGUACAAUGGAGGAUACGGAAAGAGAAGAAAGUGA